AUGUCAACAACAAUUAAAAAGAAAAAAACAUCUAAUACCAAUUCUGAUUCUAAAACAACAUCAGCUAAAACAACAACAGCUAAAUCGACCGCAACAAAAGCAGUAGUAACAUCAACAAAAACAAGUAAGGUUGCAAAACCAGCAGCAGUAAAAGUAACAACAACAACAACAAAAAAAGGAAAUACAACACCAAAGAAAACACCAACUAAAAGAAAAACAAAGAAACAGAAAACAGCGACACCAACUAAAGUAGGUGCGGCAACAACAACAAAAGCAGCGGCGGACUCUGACAAUGACAAUAGCGAUUUAGAUCAUGACAAUGCAGCAAAUAGUGAUUCUGAAGAGGAUGAAGAAUUCGAUUAUUUCUCAUUCAAAUCAGAUGUAAAUAAAACAUCGAAUCAUAACUUUUCAAAUUCAACAUUAAUAGAAGGUUCUGAAAUUGCACAAAUCUUAGAUAGAUUACCAGAGAAACAUUUAGAGGCAAAGAAGAAUCUAAUCAAGAGCUAUGUCGAUAACCAUACAUUCCGUGAGAUGUUCAAUGACCUCAAGAUGUCAUACAAUCUACUGCUGAGUGGUUACGGUUCGAAAAAGGAUUUCAUUCAGAGUUUCUUAAAGGAGUAUUGUACUGAUGGACCUGCAAUUCAAAUCUAUGGUUAUCUACCUUCAUUCAAUAUAAAAGAUAGAUUCACAUCACCUAUUUUACAUUGUGAACAUAUCAAAUCUUUAUUCGAUAUGAAAUCACACCAGUACGAACAACAACAACAACAACAACAAAAUCAACAACAAAAGAAACAUAAUUUAACAGAAUUCGAUUCAUAUCAAUGUUUAUACAUUGUUAUUCACAAUAUAGAUGGUGUUGCAUUAAGAAAUGCAAAAGUUCAAAGAUUACUUGCAUACCUUUCAGAGAUAACCAAUAUUCAUUUCAUUUGUUCAAUAGAUCAUUUUAAUAGUUAUAUGUUAUGGGAUAUAAAUUUACAAGUUCAAUUCAAUUUUAUCACUUAUUCAGUUCCAACUUAUUCUAGUUAUACAGUAGAGACAGCCUAUGAAGUACCACUGAUGAACAAAGGAUCAAAGAUACAAUGGAAAUCGAUUGUUACAAUCUUAAAGAGUUUACCACCGAAUGCACGUGGCGUCUUUAAAGAGUUACUUGAAUAUAUCAUUGCCAACAAAGAGCAAGAAAGAGAAAAGAAGAUGCCAUUCAACUUACUCUUUGAGAAGUGUGUUGAUUCAUUCUUGGUAUCGUCAGAGUCAAUGUUGAAUACCCUUUUGGUGGAGUUCAACGACCACGGUGUCAUUCAAACAAAGUUGGAGCAUGCUAUCUCUUUGUCUGUUCAAAUCAUCAUAUUUAAGUUAAUCUUAAAUCAUGUAAUAAAAAUACUUGUAGUUAAAGUAAUAUACAGAGAAUUUAACGAUGUUAAUUUCAAUAUAAAAAUGUCUUACCUAACUGUUUUUUCAUUCUCAAUGAAACAUAUUUUAGAUGAGCUAAAUGAAAAGAAAUGA